AUGGAAAAUGGAGCAAUUUACUCCUCUUAUAUCAAUGAAUACGUAUUGGUGGGGAUGGAGAAAAAGAAUUUCAUGGAGGUGACUGAAAAAAUAGUCAGAUUUAGCAAAGGAUGGGUGAAGCUACAAAAUAUCAAUUUGAAUGAUAAAAGACAAAUUUUUUAUCUAAUUGCAUGUUUUAUCACAGAGAAUAUAAACGGUGACAUUUGUACCUCUGACUACCUUGCCAGUAAGGUUGUGGUGGUGACAGGGACAGAAGAGUACCGGUUCUCUUACUCUGGUCACCAGGGUCAGAUCGGAUUCCGUCCCUGUGGAAUCUGUACAGAUGUCCAGGGACAUAUUGUGGUGUGUAAUGGCUAUGAAGAUUUUAGUCACCAGUGCUCUAGUGUUCACCUGCUAGACAUGGAUGGUCAAUUUCUAUCUUUCCUUCACACCACCGGAUGUCCGCCAUUUCCCAGUGCUCUCUGUAUCAACCAUCAUCAAAUUCUGAUCGUGAGUUUAGCCAGUCCAACCGUUAAAGUGUAUUUACACUGCAAAUAA